GCCGUUGGGGGUAUUUAGAAAAAUACUUUCAUCCUCCAACCUCCACGUCGACGAAAGGGAACGAUGAGGAAAUAUGUGUUUCUCGCAGGAAUUGUCGCUGCCCUUGCAUGGCGCGUGUCAAAAAUAUAUUUCGCGUUCAUACGCCCGGAACUACCGGUCGAAUAUUUCGCAGGCAAAGAUGCAUCGAGUCAUUGCACUAUACUAAACUCAAGCGAUAAUCGCCUUGCAUCCUGCGAGGACGGAACAUUCUGGGAUUUCACAGAUGCAGCAGGACACCUAGUGGACCGCAAAGUCAUUGCAAGCUGCGAUCCUAACAGGAAGAACUGGAACACCGUCAUGGGGCCUCUGAAAGAUGCUGACCCCCACGGAGCACUUUUUCUUGUCGAAUUCGACGAAAAGAAAGAGACAGUACAUGAACUCAAAUUUCAGGAUUACCCGAGUGACCAUGACUUUCAUCCACUUGGAGUGCAGGUUUGGCCUUCUAAGUCCGGUUCACCCUCAAAUAUGUUUGUCGUGAAUCAUGGCCGUCACAGCACUACUAUUGAGCAAUUCGUUCUUGACCCGAAGGAUAUUGCGAUAGCACAAUACGUGCGAACACUGUCCUCUCCUUACUUCGUCUCUCCCAACGCAUUGGCUCUCACAUCUCCAACAUCAUUCUUUGUCACUAACGACCAUCUCAUGACGCGUCGUCUUCCCUCCGUACUGGGAGAAGCACUGCCCCUGCUUGAAACGUUCCUCGGCCUCCCGCUGGCUUUCGUCUCUCAUGUUUCGAUCUCGGGGUACGGAGCUGAUGGCGCCCCAGCCAUCAAGCACACCAUUGCUAGACUCGGUACACCCUUCCCAAAUGGUGUUGCACUUUCGCCGGAUGGCAAGACACUUGCGGUCGCCUCGUCUUCGUAUGCAUGGGUCUACUUCUUUAAUAGAACGCAGAAUGCAGACGGUUCCGAGUCCCUUACGCAAUCAGCUCGUGUACCAGUUCCCUUCGCGCCUGACAACAUCCAUUACGAAGACGAUGGUACUCUUCUUGUCGCAGGGCAUCCGUUCUUCCCAGCUCUUACCGCCAUCGCAGCAAAUAAGACAGACGCGAUCGCACCAAGCUGGAUCGCCUCCCUAUCCCCUCGUAGGGAUGGAGAUUCUGCAACGAGGGUCUCAGCAUUUGAUACGAAUGCUCCCUAUCCUGCCUCACGACGGGUGAGUGCGGCUGCGAGUCACAAGAUCGAGACGAUAUAUCAAGGUGAUGGGACGAAGUUUGCCGGAAGCACCACAGGACUAAGGGACUCUCGGACCGGCAUCUUGUUUGUUACCGGGCUUUAUCAGGAGGGAUUGCUUGUCUGUCGUCCGUGAAGGCAUCCACCGUCCCUGAGAGACAGAUUAAAAUUCAUAAGUAUAAUAACCUCCUCUACCUCGUGCCUCGAGGUCAAUUUUGUAACAUUGAAUAUGCGAAUGAUUCUCUUUUCCC